AUGCUCGCAUCGGCGCCGCUACGUCUCAUCCUCCUCGGCGUCCUCUAUGGACGGCUCGAUGCCUUCCAACCAGCUGCAUAUGCUCCAGGACGUCUAUCCUCCUUCUCCUCCCCCACCUCUAGCUUCUUCUCUUCCUUGAGGCCAAGAUGUCUGCCGCCCGUAGCAUCCAAGCUCCCUCACAGGAGCUUCAUCCCUGCGAGCGGGAGGAGGACAGAGACUUUCGGGCAGGGCGUUCACUGUGUGCUGUCGAUGACGACCGACGAUGCACAAGUUAGCGUGGCGGAUAAUUCUUACUUCAGUACCGUUGGGCUGAUACCAGAGUUGUGUGCGGCGCUCGGCGAUAUGAACAUCAACACGCCUACAGCCAUUCAGAAAGAAUCGUUGCCGCUCUCUCUUGCGGGAGAAAGCGUCUUGCUCUGUGCCGAGACGGGAUCGGGAAAGUCCCUGGCGUUUCUUCUGCCACUUGUAAACCGCUUGAAAGUCGAUGAGUUUGUCCUUGGCAUUAACGCCAGGCCAAAACGUCCAAGAGCGGUCGUUAUUGUCCCAACGAGAGAGCUUGGAUCGCAGAUCUUGGGAGUAGCUAAGGGUCUUUCAAAGCAUGCCAAGUUCUCCAGCUUAGGCCUGCUGGGAGGAGCCUCUUCAGCCAUGCAGGCAAAGCGCCUGGAACAGCCAGUCGAUCUUGUGAUUGCGACACCUGGGAGGCUGCUGGAUCACAUCAAUGACAACCACCUCUCGUUGGGAGACGUCAGGUUCGUCGUGGCCGACGAGGCAGACACCAUGGCUGCUCAGGGUUUCGGCGAAGAGCUCAGGAAGAUCUUCGAGGCCAUCAGCGGGGCCAGCACAGCCGCACGGGAGAACUACGUUAAAAGUGAAGAAUUGCGAGCAAAGCUGGAAGCAAAGCUUGCUGUCGAGUCCGAUGUGGUGGAGAUUGAAUCUAUCAAGAAUCAAGUGAAGAGCGACGAUAGAAGUGCAGACGAAAUCAGCCCACAGAGUGAGAGCUCGAGUGAGGACAAUCUCGGUUUGACCCCAAGGCAGGUCUCGGAUAGGAUCUUCCAGGAGUUUGUGUCUGUCUCGGCGGGAGACAGGGCGCAAACGCUCUUGGAGGUACUCGACAGAGGGAGAAGAAUGAAUACACAGACUUGGGCAAAGUCCAGAGAGCUUGAUGAGAAGACUCGAGACGCUACGAUCAUAUUCUGCAAUACCAAAGAUAGCGCGAUGUUUGCAGCGAAGCUGCUCCGGGAGAACGACUAUGACGUGGCAGAGGGCCAUGGAUGGGUCGCCCAGCAUGAGAGGGUUGUACAGAUCAAAGAGUUCAUGUCCGGGGAGAAGAAGAUUCUUGUUGCUACAGACAUCAUCGCAAGGGGCAUCGACACCGUCCAUGUCUCCCACGUCAUCAACUUCGACUUCCCCUUGAACCCCGUGGACUAUCUCCACAGGAUCGGAAGGACAGGGAGAGGAGGAGGCACGGGACGUGUUACCAACCUCAUCACGAAGAGGGACUACACCCUCGCUAUGGCAAUCGAGCGAGCGACGAAGUUGGGGCAGCCGAUCGAGUCCUUGAGCUCGAGGAAGGCCGACUACGUGCAGGGAAUGCCGGGGAAGCUCAAGACGGAGAUCAAACGUGUCAAGACGACGAAGCAGGAAGGGACUGCGACGCUGGGGCGUGUGAGGACCACCGCUGCUCGGACGGAAGGUGGGGCAAAGAGGAAACCGAAAGACACCACGGCCAAGUCUCUCAAGAGGAUCCCUAAGCGCAAGAGACGCUCUUGAGGGCUGACUGGGCUUGUUGAGCGUUGUAAUGCUGUAAAAGUUCUUUGGCAGUUUGUACAAUAAAUCCUUGACCGACUUG